CUUCAGAUCAGUUUUCUAGAAAAAACUGCACAAAUCAGGCCCCGGAAAUCAUGUAUUACAUCUAAAAAUUGUCCUUAAGAUAGAUAUAACAAUAACAGUGCAUAUUUCUAGCAAAGAAGGAUUAUAAGAGGCAAAAACAGCAUGCAAAAAGGGCUAAUUCUAUAACCAAAGAGAACUAGAACAGCUUUCAUAUAAAAAACAAAUCAGAACACACACAGAUACUUCAUCAUCAAUCCAAUUACAAUAAAAGGCGUUAAUCUUGAAGAAACAUAAAGUACAAAAAUCAUUCUUUCAACCGUGGAAUUCUCGCCUUAAACAUUUAGCACACAAACCAAUUCUUAAGGAUCGUUAAUCAUAAACGAUAAGCAGGAAAGCACAAAAACAUUGAACAAAAACAAAGCUGCUAUUUUUCUAGGGUUAGGGGCAUAAAUUCAGGGAUAAAGAACCAGCCUAUCUUUCGAUUUAAUAAAUAGGGACAAGCGAAAUACACAAAGCUUACACAUAAACCCUAAUCUACGAGGAAACCUUGCAAGAUUAAAAUAUCUGAAAGAAAACGAAGGAUUCAGAGGAAUUGAUGCGAUCGAUUGGAUACAAAAACAAGAAAAGCAUAGGAUUAUAGAUCUACCUCCCAGAAAAGGACUACUUGAGGCAAAUGCAAGAGCGAGGAGAGGCGGAAGCUGCCAAGAUUUAUUCCAGGGAAAAUACUAGAAUCCAGUGUGCCCCGCCUACAGGGAAGAAGCUAUUCAAACCCUAUCCAAAUCGUUUGUGUGAACACUCAGGUUACUAUGGGCUACCUGAUCCCAACAUAUAUGAGAGAAAAUGCACAGCAUUGUCAUCAUGCUUACAACAUUGGAAGGCAGACCUCUGCCCUAAGCCGAAGCCGAAGCCUGACAUUUUUGUCUAUUCCCUUGAUGAUAAUCUUCGUAAAUGUUUUGUUGCAUAUUCCCUUGAAGAGGAUGGCAUCAUCUCACCCAAGUAUUACAUAUAUCCUCCCAGUUUUCUAGCUAAAGGUUAUUCCUUCACUGGGUGUAGCUGUGAUGGUCUCCUUCAUUUUCAUGAUAACAGGUUGGGUCAUGUUCUAUGGAACCCAACAACGACUGAGUAUAAGAUCCUUCCUAAGCCCUUUCUGGAACUCCCUCCUGGCCUUGAAUAUGCGCGUGUAUCAUUUGGAUUGUGGUCUGAUCCUAGAUUUGAAGAUUACAAAAUGCUGUAUACUGUUAAAGGAAGUUUGAAAGAUGAAAAACGGCAUUUUCUUGGGAGUAGUUAUCACAUUGACUUGCAUUCACUCAAAACUAAUUCCUGGAAGAGAAUACCAUGCACUGAGUUUGGUGGUUUUAGUGGAGAAUCUGUUAUCGAAACUCGUGCUGUUAAGGAGCCGUUGUGGUUUUCGCUGGACGGUAAGCUAUUGUAUUUUACAAGCCUGACAGAUGAGCUAGUGGUGUUUGACCGUGAUACUGGAAAGUUGAAGUAUCUUGGUGUCAACUGGCCUAAUACAUCAAUCACUCGUCCAAUGAUGAUUCCGUUUUAUGAGAGCUUUGUUCAACUCAACUGAAUUCCAGACGUUGACAAGGUAUAGCCAGAGCAAACAAAGUGGUGACAACUCUUAUGGGAGCAGAGCUAGGAGACACCGGAGGUGACACAUCAUUAGGUGUUCCAUUGGGUGAUGGAGAAGCUCCGGGCGAGCUGGCCACUGCAGGUGGGCCCACACUGACUCCGCUAGGGCCAGGAGUUGGAGUUUUCAAAGAAUUAGGUGUUGGUGUUGGGCUUGACGAUGCUGGACUCAGAGCUUGAGUUGGGGUUGGGCUCAGACUCUUUGUUGGAGUUGGGCUUGACUUUGGGCUUCCUAUUGUGAUUGGAGCUGGAGACGAGCUUGAUUUUGGGGUUGGGCUUGGAAGUGGUGGUGUUGUUGGGCUUGACCUUGAACUUCUUGUUGGUGUUGACAACACUUUUACUCUUUGUCACUUUUGCUACAUCAUGGAAUCCGGUUGCAAAGUUGAACACUUCAACAUAACAAUCAAAGCAAAAGAAUUAAUAGAAUGGAAUUAC